UAUGCACAUCAUUUCUGUAACCUGGAUUCACCACCAGACAUGCCCUUAUAUAAAAAGUAGCCUGGUAGACGAUUAACAUAUUUAAUGCAAGUCUCCUAAGUGUAACCACUGACCGAUUUCGCAUUGUUUGGGGGUACCGGGGAUAUCAGCCGAAUGAGCAGAUACAUAAUUCACCAUAAUUCAGUUUGCCAUGUUAAAUAAACCAAUUUAUUUUUUACAGAAAUAAAGUAAAACGCAAUUUAACAAAUAAAGCAAAACACAAAUCUCUUAAAAGAAAUAUGACGUGUCCGGUGUUAAUGUCAUGCGGCAAACGUGAUGGUUCCAACACGGCGAGACGCAUCUUCGACGUUUUUCGAGGCUUGUGGACGUCUGGUAUUGAGAACACCUGGUUUGAACCGAGAGGCAACACAAACUGACAUUGUUAGAAGAAACUGCGUCACAUCUAUCAGAUUUGGACUAGUGCGACCCUGUUCUGAAAAAAGCUACAUUCUGAUACACAUACUGUAACUAGCUAAAGCUAGCGCGCUAGCCUUCAAAUCAACAAAAUAGAAUCAGACGGAGCAUCAUUGGAGAUGUGCGCAUCCCUCACCCGUCCCCGUUGUUUCCAGUUGGAAAUGUUUUGUGUGUCUGUUUAACCUUAAUGAUCUGACAAAUGACAAACCGCAUCCUCCGAUGUCAUUAUCACAUGCAUCUCGCUAGGAACAUACAAAACGGCCGGCGAACGGAUAUUUGACUGCCAAAAGUGGAGGAUGGAUUUAUCAGGACGGUGAAAUCAGACAUUUGGAUUUGCUGGCUAGGGUGGUCCUGAACAACCAGCAUCGCUAAACGUGACGGGACGACCUCAGCGGGUCCUGUCCAGGAACAGAGCUUCUUCCCGGCAAGGGAGUUCCCACCGGCAGUCUCGUCCCCAGCCAUGGCUUUGGUAACGCUGCAGCGUUCUCCCACCCCUAGCGCUGCGUCCACUGCCAGCACGGCCACCACGAACGCGGGGGAGGACUUUGGAAGCGAUGACGAGCGUCGACUGAACCAGAGCCUGAGCGAGAGCUUCUUCAUGGUGAAGGGCGCCGCCCUCUUCCUGCAGCAGGGCAGCAGUCCUCAGUGCCAGAAGGCCCACCCCCACCACAAACAUGCAGGUGACCUACCUCAGCACCUGCAGGUGAUGAUAAACAUCCUCCGCUCGGAGGACCGGAUCAAACUGGCGGUGCGGUUGGAGAGCGUGUGGUCGGACCGCGUGCGCUACAUGGUGGUGGUCUACACCAGCGGCCGACAGGACACAGAGGAGAACAUCCUGCUGGGCAUGGACUUCAUCAACAAGGACAGUAAAAGCUGCUCCAUAGGAAUGGUGCUGCCCCUGUGGAGCGACACCAAGAUCCAUCUGGAUGGAGACGGGGGAUUCAGCGUGACGACGGCGGGGCGGACGCACAUCUUCAAACCCGUGUCUGUCCAGGCCAUGUGGUCGGCGCUGCAGAUCCUGCACAAGGCCUGCGAGGUGUCGCGGCGGCACAACUACUUCCCCGGCGGCAUGGCGCUCACCUGGACGGGCUACUACGACAGCUGCAUCGCGUCCGAGCAGAGCUGCAUCAACGAGUGGAACGCCAUGCAGGACCUGGAGUCCACGCGGCCCGACUCGCCCGCCAUGUUCGUCGACAAGCCCACGGAGCGGGAGCGGACAGAGUGCCUUAUCAAAGCCAAACUCCGGAGCAUCAUGAUGUUCCAAGAUUUGGAGAAUGUUACCUCCAAGGAGAUCCGCACCGAGCUGGAGCAGCACAUGAACUGCAACCUGAAGGAGUACAAGGAGUUCAUCGACAACGAGAUGCUCCUGAUCCUGGGCCAGAUGGACAAGGCCACGCUCAUCUUCGACCACCUCUACCUGGGAUCUGAGUGGAACGCCUCCAACCUGGAAGAGCUCCAGGACUCAGGCGUGGGGUACAUCCUCAACGUCACGCGGGAGAUCGACAACUUCUUCCCGGGGACCUUCGCCUACCACAACAUUCGGGUGUACGACGAGGAGGCCACGGACCUGCUGGCCCACUGGAACGAGACCUACAACUUCAUCAUGAAAGCCAAGAAGAACCGCUCCAAGUGUCUGGUGCACUGCAAGAUGGGCGUCAGCCGCUCGGCGUCCACGGUGAUCGCCUACGCCAUGAAGGAGUACGGCUGGACGCUGGAGAAGGCCUACGGGUUCGUCAAGCAGAAGAGGAGCAUCACGCGCCCCAACGCAGGCUUCAUGAGGCAGCUGGCCGAGUACGAGGGCAUCCUGGACGCCAGUAAGCAGAGGCAUAACAAGCUGUGGAGGCCCGAUGCGGACUGCGAGCUGCCGGACGGCCAGCAGGCGUCGGCCCCGAGCUGUGGCCCCGACGGGCCGGGGGACGUGACCCCGGAGCCCGGGGCCCUGCCCUGCGACGAGGCCUGGGGGGGCCAGGGGUGCGGCGCCUCCCCCUGCCGGACCAUCGGGGUGGAGGUGGACCCGGCCGACCCGCCCAACUACAACUACUACUUCCGCCGGCUGUCGGACUCGGCGCUGGACAGCGACCCCUCCACGCCGGUGCGGGCCCCGCCCCUGCUGGACAUGGACCGCGUCUUCAUCGAGAUCGAGGACGUGGAGCGGGACGCGCUGCUGGACGACGAGGGCUUCGAGCGCGACUGCCCGCUGCCCCACUUCGGCGUGCCCAGCGAGGGCACCGCCGCCCAGACCUGCUGCCGCCCGGAGCCCCUGGAGGAGCUCCGCAUGCGGCUGGAGUUCAGCACCGUGGAGGAGGAGGACGAGGAGGAGGCGCAGAAGGAGGAGGCCGAGAUGGAGGCCCUGGCCCGGCCGGGGGGCCGGGUGGGGGGAGAGGAGGAGGAGGAGGAGGAGAGGGAGGAGAGCGGGCCGGACCCCUCUUGCUCUCCCUCUCUGGCCGCCCUCAAUCGCCUUGGAAACGAGAACUCCAACAACAACAACAGCCUCGGCGGGAAACGCAGCUUUGAGGAAACUGCCGGCAUCAAAAACCCUUACAAAUUUAAGCCUUCUUACCAGUCCUGCACUGACUGCAUACAGUCCCCGGCUGUCCAUCAGCGCUGCGAGCCAAUGGCUGUGGACCAUCAUCGCCUUAACCCCGCCCACCCCUUCAGCGCCCCCGGCGUUUCCGCGGAGGUCCCCGGGAUCCCGUUCGCCCCGAGCCUGGCCCCCGGCCCGCCCCCGCCGGGGCUCCUCCCCCGGCCCUGCGGCCCCCGCUGCAGCUCCGCCGGCUGCGGGGCCCCGCCCCUUACCGCCAACGCCCGCCCGGAGGCGUGCCGCCAACGCCAGGCCUCGCCCAUGAGCUGCGAGGAGCCGCCGCCGCCGCCGCUGCCGUCGCCGCGGGAACCGCCCUGCGGCCUGGAGGCCGACGGCAUGAACGAGGCUGAGGAAGAGGAGGAGGAGGAGGAGGAGGAGGAGGAGGAAGGGAAGGAGGAAGGGAAGGCCCCCGGGGGCCCCGUCACAGAGCUGGCGCUGCUGAAGCUCCACCUGGCGGCGGGAAAGCCGGGCCCCGCCCCGGGCGCCGGCGGCCUCACCGCGCAGCAGGAGUCGCUCAUGGAGCUGCAGCGGGCGGGGCUGGUCCGCAAGCGCACCGAGAAGCUGGAGAAGCUCUCGGGCCUGUCCCAGGAGGCCCCGGGGCCCGCGGCGGCGGCGGCGGCGGGGGGCCCCGAGCAGAUGGACACAGGCCCCGAGGAGGAGGAGGAGGAGGGGGCGGGGGCGGAGGCGGAGGAGGACAUGGAGGUGGACUGCGGCGCCCUGGCCCCGCCCUUCCCCCCCGGCCCCGCCCACGACCACGCCCACGCCCACGCGCUCACGCAGGAGCUCCUGAAGAGCGCGUCGGGCGGGCUGACGCCGGCCUCGUCGCCGCACGGCUCGGCGCUGACGCGCAGCUCCAGCAGCGACAGCCUGCGCAGCGUGCGCGGCAAGCCCGGCCUGGUGCGGCAGCGCGCCCAGGAGAUCGAGGCCCGCAUGCGGCUGGCCGGCCUCACCCUGCCCUCCCGCCUCAAGCGCUCCAACUCGCUGGCCAAGCUGGGCAGCCUCACCUUCUCCUCCGAGGACCUCACCUCCGCCGCCGACGCCGGCCGCCUCCUCCUCCUCCUCCCCUCCUCCUCCUCCUCCUCCUCCCCCCCCGAGCGGGAGUGGCUGCCCCCGGCAGGGGGGGGGGCCCCGCCUGAAAGCCGACCCCGCUGCCAGCCCCCCGUUUCAGGACCCCAGGAGCUGACCCUUUGGGGCGUAACGAGCAGGGGGGGGGGCGGGGGGGGGGACAACGAGCGGGGACAAUCCCGUCAGCGAGACACAGCAUGGGACGAGGGGAGUGGGGAGGCCUCCACGAAAAGAAUAAUGUAAUAAACAUGUAUAUAGAUAUAUAUAUACGUUUAAAUAUUAUAAAUAUAUAUUAAUAUACUUCCACAUCAUAUUUAAGAGAAGAAGAAAAAAAAACAUCCAAAUCUUGUCCGAUAGGUGGUUUCUGGUUUGUAGGCUUUUCUUGCAUGAAGCUCAAUGAAUGUGUGUGCAAGUGAACCUCGUGUGGAAGGGCCCGUUCGUAGCUGCCGAUGAAAGGGCAUUCAUUUCCCCUGCCGACUUCCUGCUUCUGGCCGCCCGGUCAGCUGAGAAUCCACACAUUUUUAACGUAAACCCGCUUCCCACAGUACUUUUGAGAUGGACUGGGUAAAAAAGAAAGAAAAAAAAAA